AUGGCGGCUUCCUCCCAACCGUCUUCGAGCCCUCCUCCCACGACUGACAGCUUGGUCGUGAACUCGGACGAGAUGCGCAUCCUUAUGCAGCACAGAAAGGAGCUAGACGAAAGCCUUGCGCAGAUGGAGGCGCAGAUUUUUCACGACGAGGGCUCGUACAUAAAGGAAACCCCGUGCGGUAACGUCAUCCGGGGCUUCGAAACCUUUCACGACAGCAAACUCAACGCUGAGCAGCCCAAGAAGUCCCGCAUGGAAGUCAUCGAGGAGCGGAUAUUCAGCAAGUCCUCUUUCCUCUUCUGGCAAAGAUCUCGGGAUCGGGCCGCGAAAGAAGAAGCGAAGAAGCGCGAGCGCGAGCAGCACCACGCCAUGCUCGCCAAUCGGGGAAUGUUUAUGGGGGGCGGGAGCGGGGGUGCGGGUGGGGGUGGGGCCAACGGCGCGGCAGAGGGAGUCGGACACGUUCAGCCCUUGGGUUACGGGUCGUACGGUUCUGCCGUUCACGGCGGCAGCGGGGGGAACGUGCACGGGGGAUCGGCGGCACCAUCGGCCGUCAACCACGGCAGUGGCAGCCACAAGCACAAAAAGCGGCAUCCAGACGGGCACAGCCACGGCCACAAAAAGAAGAAGAAGAAGCGGAGUUCGACAGCGCUCGGAUCGGGGUCGGGCUCUUAUGCCGGUGGGGGUUCUCAGGGCGGAGGCGGCGACGGAACCGGGGGCGGCAAUUCCGGGUCGUCGGUGGCAGCCAACCGUUACGACAACGUUUAACUCCAGUUGUCAAGGGGACUUUGCUGAAUGUAAUAAUUUUUUCAACACCAAUGGAAGAAACACGAAAUGGAGAGACUCUUAUCUUUCCAAACCUCGGCAAUGCUGUUGGGUUUGUGCUUGGUGCUGUUUUCUUUGGGUGUUCGGUUAGAUCGUUUAUUUAUGUAAGUGCUGGGAGUGGGUUGACGCCCAUUCUCUUGGCUGUCUUAACUUGUGGUGUGGUGGAUAGCCCAUUGGCCUCGUUCGAGCGAGACACCUAAUCAACUCUCCAAGAGAAGAUUCCUUCGAGCGAACGUAUGCGUUUGUUGUCUUUCGCUCGCCACGUUUUCAAGAGCCGAUCGGCGGCGUACAACCUGUCUCGUUUCAAGUGUUGUUGAGUUCCCCGUGUUGCAGCAGUGCUUGAUGAGUCAAUUUGAAUGUUUUGAGUUGAAGGACUAGCCUCUCUAUUCUGCAAGUCGUUCGCUCUAGUCUUUGAACAACUGCUGCAACAACGUGUGUUGGGCGGGGCAUCAAGUUGUAGAGAUCGCCUCCGAUUUUAUGUGUGAGGUGGGUGCGGUGUGUUCACUCGAGCAGGAGGGUGCCGACAAGACUUGAAAUCAGUGUUACGUUGCCGAAUGUCACACACGC